GACUGCGCGCCGUGCGUGCCGAAUCUCAGGAUUUCUCGAUCGAGACGGUUCCUCUGCAGCGCUGGAAAGGCCUUGGAGCCCCAGGAUGCCCAGGCGGGCGGCGGGCGGGCGGCGUCGCGGCGGGGGCGGGCUGUUGCGCGCCGGCGGUGCGGCGAGGACCAGUGCGGCGCGUGCGGUCGGCGUCCUCCCGUGGACCUGGAGGGGAACGUCCUGGCCUGGCAGUCGCUCGCGGAGCGGCUGUCGACGGCCGUCGUCACAGAGGAACUGUUGGGCAGGGCGCGACGCGCGUUCGGGCUGCGCGAGGGGCAGUCGUUGUGGCUCCACCAGCUGCUUACAACGGCGUUCCCGCACCUCCAGGGAAUGCGGCACGCCAGGCCCAGCGCCGGGGGCACGUGCAGGUCGACGGCGCUCCGGUCACGGCCUGCGCCUGGGCGCCGCCGGCGGGCGCCGUGCUCCAGGUGCGGUCGGGCCGCGUGGACCAGCUCGACCCAGGGCUGGCGGAGCGCGCGGCCGCCUGGAACCUCGGCAGGGGCGGGCGCGAGGAGAACAGACUGGCGGUUCUGCGCUCCUGCCCGGACGAGGGCUGGGCUGUGGUCAACAAGCCGGCGGGCCUGCACACCACCCCCGACGGCCCCGCCAACAAUCUCAGAAGCUGACGCUCCACUCAUAUCUGCCCGCCCUGCUGCCGCCGCCCGCGAGCGGGGACUACUGCCCCAGGCCGCUCCCCUGCCACCGGCUGGACUUUUGGGUCUCGGGCCCCGUGGUGGUGGCCACGGCAACGGACGCAUUGCGCAGCAUCUCCACGGCCUUCGAGGAGCGCCUGGUUCAGAAGGAGUACCGUGCGGUCGUGUGCGGGCGCGUCGGCGCUGCGGGCGAUGUCUUCACCAUCGACGCGCCCGUGGGCGGCAAAGAGUCGCAGACGGAGGUGGAGGUCCUCCAGACCGCCGACUGCCCGCAUUGCGGCGCCCUCUCGGAGCUGGCCCUGCGCCCGCUGCAGGGGCGGUUCCACCAGCUGCGGCUGCACUGCGUGGAAGCCAUGGGCGCACCGAUCGUCAACGAGGACGGCGGCAUUUACGCGCGGGCGGAGUUCGCGUGGCGGCGGCGGCACGGCACGCCGCUGCCUCCCCGGGUGCACCGCGGCGUGGGCGGCCUGUUUUUGCAGGCCGUCGCGGUGACGUUCCCGCGCCCCGGCCGGCGCGGCGAGGCAGCCAGUGUGCGCGCGCCCGCUGCCGAGCGGUUCGGGGCACUGAUGCGGCAGAGCCAGGGCGCCUGGGACUACUGCCACCGGGGCACCACGCCGCGCCAAGCGUGGCCUCCUCCCCUUCCAGCGGGCUGG